AUGUGCGCUCUGUGCCCCUAUCCCCCCCGUAUAACACCCCAUGUAAUCCUGUACCCUUCUGUGUCCCUAUACCCCCCCGUGCCCUUGUGCCCUCUGUGCCCUUAUGCCCCCCCUAUUAACCCCCCCUGUAAGCCUGUGCCCCUCUGUGUCCCUAUACUCCCUCCCCCUUGCCCUUGUGCCUUAAUGCCCCCCUAUAACCCCCCCUGUAAUCCUGUGCCCCUCUGUGUCCCUAUACUCCCCCCCCCGUGCUCUUGUGCCUUCUGUGCCCUUAUGCCCCCCUUAACACCCCCCAAUAACAAUCCUGCAAUAACAACCCCCCAUAACACCCCUAACACCCCCCCAAUAUCAACCCCCCUCCCAAAUAACAACCCGCCAAUCCAGCUGCCCAUCACAGCUUCAGGUCUGGAUCUCUCGUGUGGACGGCGACUUUAUUCCGGUCCUGAAGCACGGCUGGACUUUAUUCCCGAUUCUGAAGCGUGGGCAGACUUUAUUCCCGUCCUGAAGCACGGCUGGACUUUAUUCCCGGUCCUGCAGCGUGGGGAGACUUUGUUCCCGAUUUUGGCAGACUUUACGCCCCAUUCUGAAGCGUGCAUCCUCUCAGUCUCCACCCAUCCUUUCAGCAUCCUCCAAUAUACUCCAACACCUUCAGGCAGUCCCCAACACCCCCAACCCCCUCCAACACCCUCAACAUUCUCCAACACCCAACCCCUCCAACACCCUCCACCAUCCCCCAACACCCCAACCCCCUCCACCACCCUCCAAUCCCCCUCCAACACCCUCUACCCUCCUUCACCGCCAUCCAGCAUCCUUAGAGCAACCCCUGAGAAGCCUCGAGACAGCAGAGCCAUGGGGGGGGGGGUCGUCGCUCCCUCAAAUUUCUUCAUCGCAAUAUCCGUCGACGAAGGAAAUUUUACCUCAUAUACAACUGGAUAA